AAGGUCCUGGCGUAGUCAUGGCGGCCUUCCGCGACAUGGAGGAGGUGAGCCAGGGGCUGCUGAGCCUGCUGGGUGCCAACCGCGCGGAGGCGCAGCAACGGCGGCUGCUGGGACGCCACGAGCAGGUGGUGGAGCGGCUGCUGGAGACGCAAGACCUCGCGGAGCAACGGCUGCGAGAGAUCCUGGCCACGGAGGAAGAAGUGGCCCAGCGCCUCCUUGAUGAGAAGGAGCAGGCGCACCAGAGUGGGGUCGAGUUGCAGCAGCUCAAAGCUGAGCUUCAGAAGGCCGGCGAGAAGAACACGCAUCUGAAGGCCAGCCUCCUAUAUCCUUCCCUCCUCACCACAGAGCUGGAGGAGCUCAAGGAGGUUGAGGCCGGUCUCGAGAGACAGGAGAGGGAAGUUGACGAAGACACAACCGUCACCAUCCCCUCAGCCGUGUACGUGGCUCAGCUUUAUCACCGAGUCAGUAAAAUUGAGUGGGACUACGAGUGUGAGCCGGGGAUGGUCAAAGGCAUCCAUCACGGCCCCAGUAUCGCACAGCCCAUCCACCUGGACAGCACCCAGCUCUCCAAGAAGUUCAUCAGCGACUACCUCUGGAACCUGGUGGACACGGACUGGUAGCCAGGAGCCUCGAGGACAUGUUUGCGCACAGCACGGAUCUGCCGUGGAGGGUGGGUGGUGCCUCAGUGGUGAGAUGAGCUUAAAAUUAAAUGUUUAUAC